AUGGGGCUGCCUCAUGUGGCCACAAUCACUGUCCUCUGGGUCCAGAUCCUGCUGCAAACGCCUCAGGUGGAAGGCCAGUGGAUCAAGAUGACCAUGGAGUACAACGCUUUCGAUGACCAGUAUAAGGGAUGCGAAAACAAAAUGGAUUCCAUAGCCCACCGACUCCUGCAGCAUGAAAAGAAGAACAACCGAAUCCUCCAAUACGCCUGGGCCAAAGCACAGAACAAGUGGUAUAAAGAAAUCAAAAAGAAGGUGUAUCCCCUCCCUUCAGGCUUCAGGGACAAGUAUGGCAUAGCGCUCGUGAUGUACACCGAUAACCGCUUUUAUCCACACUUCAACUUGGCCAUGCGGACCAACGGGAGGUCUCUGAACUACUACAAGAAAUAUUUCCGCUAUAAAGCCGUCCACUUCUACUUGACCAGGGCCCUGCAGCUCCUGCCUAAGAUCAGCUGCACCACAUGGCUUUAUCGGGGCGUUAAGAGGAAGUUCAUUCACCUUGGGACUGGUCCCAUCCGCUUCGGGCAGUUCACCUCCACCUCCCGGAAUUGUUCGAUAAGUAAGAAUUUUGAUGAGAAAAAGGCUGCUUGCAAUUCAGCUCAUCAAGCGAUAUGGUGGUCCCAAGCUGUCUGA